UGCCCGGGCUGCUCUAGCAGGGGUGGGCGUUGGGAUGGCCCUCUUUUCCCCCGCCGUAGCUUCGGUAAAGCUGACGUGUCCUGGUUUCCAGGGAGCUGGCGUGUCCUCGGCACAGGCGGGAACUUGGGUGUGCGGGGCCCGGGGCCGGGGGUUCCUGGAGGUCACCGUGGCGUGCGAGUAGUCGGUACCGGAACCUCCUUGGCGCUGUCGUCCCUCCUGUCCUUGCUGCUCUUCGCUGGCAUGCAGAUAUACAGCCGCCAGCUAGCCUCCACCGAGUGGCUCACCAUCCAGGGGGGCCUGCUGGGCUCCGGCCUUUUCGUCUUCUCCCUGACUGCCUUCAAUAAUCUGGAGAAUCUGGUCUUUGGUAAAGGUUUCCAAGCAAAGAUCUUCCCCGAGAUUCUCCUGUGCUUGCUGCUGGCCCUCUUUGCAUCUGGCCUCAUCCACCGAGUGUGUGUCACCACCUGCUUCAUCUUCUCCAUGGUUGGGCUGUACUAUAUCAACAAGAUCUCCUCCACGCUGUACCAGGCCACGGCCCCAGUCCUCACACCAGCCAAGGUCACCGGCAAGGGCAAGAAGAGAAACUAGCCCUGAAUGACUAAUAAAGUUGACUCUUUGUA